GUGAUCCCAUAGUAUGCACUCUACUCCUCAAAGAUUGUAAACAGAGAGUUAACGCUUGACGAGAUAAUUGCUCUCUUUCAGAAUCACGUAUUGUUCAGGAUUAAUAAUGAAGAUCUAUUACAUAACCUUUAUAAUAAUCCUAUAUUGUAAAUUGGCAUUUGAUGUUAGACGUGUGACUGCACGUAAUAGUGUUAUAAUAGAUACGGAUCCAGGUAGUGAUGAUGCAUUAGCAAUAUUAUUAGCACUUGCAUAUGAGAAAUCUAGUUCUGAAGACUUUAAAGUUUUAGCAAUAACAUGUACAUACGGUAAUACAUAUUUAGAAAACGUAGAAAAGAAUGUUCUUAAGAUUUUAGAAAUAGCUGAUAGAAGUGAUAUACCUGUCUACAGUGGUAGUAAAAAAUCACUAAUAUAUAAUUUUACUGCAUCAAAUUAUUUUGGUAAAGAUGGUUUGGGAGAUUUUGAAUUUGACAAAAAUAUUACUGGUAAAAUAAACAGAACUAAGCAUGCUUCUAUGGUAAUAAUAGAUAUGGUAAAACAAUAUCCAGAUGAAAUUACCAUAAUAUGCUUAGGUCCUUUGACUAAUAUAGCUACAGCUAUUAUUUUAGAACCGAAUUUGCAAGACUAUGUUAAAAAUAUAUUUAUAAUGGGUGGAAGUGUAGCAGGAAUUGGUAAUUUUAAACCUAAUGUAGAAUUUAAUUUCGGAACCGAUCCAGAAAGUAAUUUUAUAUCACUAAAUUCUAUAACAAAAACACCAGUUAUACUUAUUCCUUGGGAUGUAUGUCUUUCGUAUAAAAUAUCACUGGAAUGGCGUUACAAUGUUUUUGGUAAAUUGAAUUCUACUAUGGUAGACUUUUUAAAUAAAGCAGAAAGAAUUGCACUAAAUUCUACGGUUGAAUGGUGCCCAAUAGAUACAAUUGCUGUUGCUACUGUGAUAUGGCCUGCUUUUAUAUUAAAAUCAACUCUAAAAAAUAUAUAUCCUGUAAUUGAUGGAACUGGACGAGGUUCUAUUCUUGUAGAUUAUGCAGAAUCUACUGAUAGAAUAAAGAAUGCCAAAAUAAUUCAGGAAUACGAUAUGGUAAUGUUGAAAGAUAAAUUACUUCAUUAUUUUCAAUAAUUAAUGAUGAUAUCUAACAUAACUAAAUAUGUAUUA